UAAUCAGCAGUUUCUCCAGAUACGCAUUCUAUCGCCAGACACGCAUCAACACGCACGGGUUUACGUACUGGAUGUGAUUCACGCAUCUUGCUGUUGUCAACCCUGAUUCAUGGGAUCAUGGUCGACCGAUUGGUAAACAGCGAGGCCAAUGCUAGGCGCAUCGCGAUGGUCGAAAACUGCUUCGGCGGUUCGGGUCAGCCGCUUGCAGUACCUGGCCGAGUCCUGGUGGGUGAAGGAGUCCUGACAAAAAUGUGCAGAAAAAAGCCCAAGCCUAGACAGUUCUUCCUGUUCAAUGAUAUAUUGGUCUAUGGGAAUAUCGUGAUUAAUAAGAAAAAAUAUAACAAGCAACAUAUUAUACCACUGGAGGAGGUAAAAUUAGAGUCUCUGGCUGACGAGGGUCAAUAUCGUAAUGGAUGGCUCAUUAAAACAGUAACAAAGUCGUUUGCUGUUUAUGCUGCUACUCCAACAGAAAAACAAGAAUGGAUGGCACAUAUCACAAAAUGUAUUGAAGAUUUGUUAAGAAAAAGUGGCAAAAAGCCUGUCGAAGUCCAUGCAGCGGUUUGGGUACCAGAUAAUGAAGCUACAAUUUGUAUGCACUGCAAUAAAACACAAUUCACAGUAUUAAACAGACGGCAUCAUUGUAGACAAUGUGGAGCAGUAGUUUGUGGUCCAUGCAGUAACAAAAAAUUAUUAUUGCCUGGGCAAGGAAACGGGAAAGCUGUCAGGGUCUGUUUACAAUGUUACGAUGCCGCUAGUAAAAUCAAGGCUAUACCAACGACUGCUGUGGAUAGCUUAAAUAACAAAGAUCCGCGUAAUUCCGCUGACAGUUCAGGAGGGGAUAGUUCUGGAGACGAUGAUGAUGGAAAUAAGGAAGAAAACCAUGAUGAGCCUAAAUUUUAUUCCACGCUUGGCCGAUGAAAAUAACUAUCAUAUGGAUGAAGUACGGAUGAAAUACGAAAGAGAAGCAAAAAUUCUACAGAAAUAUUUUUAAAAAUCAAUAUCGAACUACAUUAUAAUAAAAAAGUUUAUAGAAUGUCAUUCAAGAAAAUCAUUCAAGAAAUAUUUCUUAACGAUUCAUUAGGAAGAUUGAAACGGAGACAAAUGCGAAAUUCUGCCAAAAAUUUAUGAAGCACAUAUUGUUUUACAUAUAUCUAAUUUGCAUUCUGCAAUUUUUAACAAUAAAAAAGUAUUACAUUUUAUUAAGGCGGUUCUUUAGUAAAUUGAGUUAUCGUAGAAAUAUCUGAUUUUUAAAAAUGAAGUUGAGAUAUCGAAAUUGACAUGGGUAAAAUCUGCGGUAUGUUAACGAGAAAAUAAAAAAGAAAAAAAAUGUUGAAAAUGUAACCUUUCACAUAUAACUUAGUGACUGAUAAGGCUCGCUUUUUUGACUAAUUGCACAUAAUUACCAUACUUUUCUUAAAAAUGAGAUAUAAUAGUUUUAAAAAUUACGAUUUUAAUAGUCACAAAAAAGUAUUAGGUCAAUUCUAUAAGUAAAAAUAAUAUGACCAUUCUGGAAAGAUAUUUACGUAUGUGCAUAAAUUUGCAUAUCAAUUUAAUCUCGAAAAGUAAACUUAAUCUCGUCUUGUUUUCGUUCGAUGAAGAUGUAGCUCUUAAUUUAUUAUACUAUCGUAUGUUCCAUACUAUUUCGUUAAGAUAUACACAGUUUUAAUAUUUUACUCAAAUAUUAAAACUUAUGCAAAUAUUUGUAAUUUUGAAUGAACCCUGGUAAGGCACCCUAAAUUUUCGGCUUUACUACUAAAGAACCACCCUAAUG